ACUAAGUAUGCGCGAUUCCAGCAUAUGCAUGUGCGUUCACCUCGUAUCGUGAAUUUCUCUACCAGACCAACACACCACUCUCUCAAAGUGUGCUGGGCCUCCUACACGAACUAUUCCCAUAGCACCGCGCACCGUACAUUCAUGGCUUCGCCUACUCGUUCCUUCUGGGAGCCUUCUAAAGUGUUGGUUUUCGGUGCAGGCAACUUCGGGUCCUGCUUAGCUGACCAUCUAGGAGACUCAGAUCACAAUGUUUAUCUAUGGUCGCGGCAAGAAGAAGUUGUGAAGUCUUUAAACGAAGUUCAUCGAAAUCCUAUCUACCUCAAGGACCAUCAGUUCUCAGUGAAUAUCACCGCCGUCGGUCCUGAACUACCUGGAAAAACGCUCAUUGACGACAUGGAUGUACUGCUAUUCGCGAUUCCUACUCAGUUUCUGCGAGAAAAUCUUGCCAAAUUACAGUCAUAUCUGGACAGAAAGAAACAUCCUCUUCUUAUAUUCGUGAACAAAGGGAUUGAGAUCGGGACACACGCCCUCACUCUAGAAAUCAUUGCAGAUACUUGCGGAACUGAGAUUGCCAAGGCAGCAACCUUCAUUUCUGGACCAUCGUUCGCGAAAGAAAUCGUUCAACGUCAACCGACAUCCGUAUCGGUGACCUCCUUCACCGAUUCGGAGGCACAGCGCGCUGCUGUGCUUUUUCAUCAACCACAUUUCCGCUGCUACACUGGUAGUGACCCCAUUGGGACUGAACUAGCCGGAGCGUUGAAGAACGUGUAUGCUAUCGCAGCAGGCGCUGCUGAUGGUCUGGGGUUUGAGAACAAUACUAGAGCAAUGAUAAUAACUCGCGGUCUCGCUGAGAUGACCCGCAUAGGUACUGCCUACGGCGCUGACCCAUUGACGUUUUUGGGAUUAGCAGGGGUUGGGGAUUUGUUUAUGACAUGCAGCUCUCCGACCAGCAGAAAUUAUUCGGUUGGUUUCAGAUUAGGGAAAGGCGAAAGCCUUGAUUCUAUUAUUGAUAGUUUGGGGAGUAUUGCUGAGGGUGUAACUACUGCAAAGGGAGUAAAGAUGAUACUAGACGAACUUGGAAUCAAGGCGCGAAUCGCGACGACCAUCUACGAAGUUUUAUAUGAAGGGAAAGACAUACAGACUGCGGUUCGAGAACUCUUGGAAUUACCGUUAUCUAAAGAGAUAGACCUGCCUUCCGCUACUGGUGGCCCAGCCAAACAACUCAUGAAAAAAUUAGGAUUAUAUUGAUCACUCCUAGAUUAGUUACUUGAGUUCUGCAUUAAUGUGUAAAAUACCUCGUUACACUGGCUCUGAUCAGCUCAUUACAACUGCGUCACACACGGAUGAGACCGGAAUUAUACAUAUGCCGCGAAGACGUGGCUGAUACCCUCCAGUACGUGGUGCAACGUAGUCGGUAUAGCAAUAUCAAUCAUUCUAAAGAAGUAUAAACUGCAACUGAAGACGACAGCACAAAACCGGCACAAGGCACCAAGUCGUCGUUGAAGUUCGGCCGAUUCGCGGCAGCGUCAUGAAAAAGAAGACACAACCAACAGACACCUGGCCGAAAAUGGCGGCAGGUCAAG